AUGAAUAGUCAAGACCCGUUAGGCGUUUCCACGCAAGAGAUAUCAUUGAUCUAUCACGAGGCGCCGCCAAAGCUAGUGGACGCCUUGACCGCCGUGAACUUCGCCGUCACACUCCUUUUCCUCAUUGAGUGCAUCCUCAAACUCAUCGCCUUCGGAUACAAGAAUUUCUUCAAGGACGCCUGGAACCUGUUCGACUUCAUCACAGUGAUCGGCAGCAUCGUGGAUGCCCUAGUGAUCGAGUUCGGGGAGCGGUUUUCGAGUAUGCCCAGUGGCGGUCAACUAGGCGAAAAAAAGGAGAACUUUAUCAACGUCGGCUUCCUGAGGCUGUUCCGCGCGGCCAGGCUGAUCAAGCUACUCAGGCAGGGCUACACGAUACGAAUUUUGCUCUGGACCUUUGUACAAUCCUUCAAAGCUCUGCCUUACGUUUGUCUCCUCAUAGCGAUGUUGUUUUUCAUCUACGCGAUCAUCGGUAUGCAGGUCUUUGGAAAUAUAUCGAACGAUCCAGGAACAGCGAUCGAUGAUCACAACAACUUUCAGUCCUUCUUCGCUGGUCUUAUGUUGCUUUUUCGGUGAGUCGAGCAGCUAAACGGAGCAAGUUCGAAGUUGGGCUAAAGUGAACUUUUGUCGACGAGAAAGCUACCGAUCCGUCACGUGAUUUCAUUUGCCUCGAAUAAUAAUAAUAAUAAUAAUCGUAUUUCGUAUAUCCUUCAAUGAACAACGUGCAAAAGGAGCGUGAAGCGAAUGGAAAAAGAAAAAAAAAAAAAAAAAAAAA